AUGGUUACUUCAGUUUCGAAGAAAACAUGUGAGCAUUCAACUAAUCAUCACAAUGAUAAUACUGAACGGGGUUCCAAAAAAGUUAAAGGUAGUCCUCUGAGAUGGCACAAUGCAGCGCAAGCUGAAGCUUUAUUCAACAAUAUUGUGCAGCGCUACCGUGCACAAUCAGCAUUCCGUAGAUUGGAAUUCACAGCAGAUAGCCUUCUCUGUCCGCGAUGUUACCUCGAAAUGGAAACUGGAUAUGACAGUAAGAACCUCAUAAAGCAAAAGCGACGAAGUCGAGUCGAUGAAAAUGCAUCUGGCUCCGAAGAUGAACGUUUGGCAACUAAACCUGAGAAAAAAAGAUUAUCCUUAUUUAGUUGUACAUAG